CAAGCGCAGGCAAGAUGGCAGCUUCCAUUUCGGCCAUAUUUUGGCUUUAAAACGCCUUAAUGAGAGUAAAUUGGGACCGUCCAGUCCAUACUUUUAUACAGUCUAUAAUCACAACCCAAACUCCACAACGCGCCAAGCAGCACAUUUUUAGUUGCUGCGGAAGCACAGCUCAUUUAGGCUCAGCUCAGCUCACCUCAGGACUUGUUGUGCUACUAAGAUAUAAGGCAGUGUGAGGUUGGUGGAUGGUGGCAGUCGCUGUGCUGGGAGAGUGGAGGUUCUUCAUAGAGGGCAGUGGGGAACAGUGUGUGGUGAUGACUGGGAUAUGAGUGAUGCUGCAGUGGUGUGUAGAGAGCUGGGCUGUGGAGAAGCUGUAGAUGCACUGGGCAAAUCUCAUUUUGGAUCAGGAUCAGGACCAAUCUGGAUGGAGGAUGUGGACUGUAGUGGAUCAGAGUCUAGACUGAAGAACUGUAGAUCACCAGUAUGGGGUAAACAUGACUGCAAUGAAACCCACAAUUCUGGAGUCAUCUGUUCAGGAGCCAGGCUGGUUUUAGGUUCUCGCUGCUCUGAGAGAGUGGAGGUUCUUCAUGGAGAGAGCUGGGUCACAGUGUGUGAUGCUGACUUUGACCAGCAGGGUGCAGAGGUUGUGUGUCGAGAGCUGGGCUGUGGUUCUCCUGUGGAGAUUCUGGGAGCAGCUGCUUUUGGUAGAGGGGAGGGUCCGGUGUGGUCAGAGGAGCUUCAGUGUAGAGGAAACGAAUCACAGAUUCACUUCUGUCCAAAAACAUCUUCACUCAAACACAACUGCUCCCAUGAUGAUGAUGUGGGACUGGUGUGUUCUGGCAGUGUGAGGUUGGUAGAUGGUGACAGUCGCUGUGCUGGGAGAGUGGAGGUUCUUUAUAGAGGACAGUGGGGAUCAGUGUGUGGUAAUAACUGGGAUAUGAGAGAUGCUGCAGUGGUGUGUAGAGAGCUGGUCUGUGGAGAAGCUGUAGAUACAUAUCAUGAGUCUUACUUUGGAUCAGCAUCAGGACCAAUCUGGAUGGAUAAUGUGCACUGCAGUGGCUCUGAGUCUACACUGAGGAACUGUGAAUCAGCAGGAUGGGGUAAACAUAACUGUGAUCAUUCUAAAGAUGCUGGAGUCAUCUGUUCAGGAGCCAGGCUGGUUUUAGGUUCUCGCUGCUCUGAGAGAGUGGAGGUUCUUCAUGGAGAGAGCUGGGUCACAGUGUGUGAUGCUGACUUUAACCAGCAGGAUGCAGAGGUUGUGUGUCGAGAGCUGGGCUGUGGUUCUCUUGUGGAGGUUCUGGGAGCAGCUGCUUUUGGUAGAGGGGAGGGUCCGGUGUGGUCAGAGAAGCUUCAGUGUAGAGGAACUGAAUCUCAGAUUCACUUCUGUCCAAAAUCAUCUUCACUCAAACACAACUGCUCCCAUGAUAAUGAUGUGGGACUGGUGUGUGCAGACAGUGUGAGGUUGGCGGAUGGUGGCAGUCGCUGUGCUGGAAGAGCAGAGGUUUUUCACAGAGGACAGUGGGGAACAAUUUGUGGUGCUGGUGCAAAUUUCAUAGCGGGUUUUGUCAUGUGUAAAGAGUUGGGCUGUGGAGAGCCGUUUAGGACUGAUGCAGCUGUUCCAGGAUCUGCACCGAUCUGGAUGAGUCAUGUGAAGUGUACUGGAUCAGAGUCUACACUGAAACACUGUGGAUCAUUAGGGUGGGGUGAACACAGCUGUAAUCAUAAUAUGGAUAUUGAGCUUACCUGUUCAGAUCACAGGACAUCCAGACUUGCUGAUGGUCCUCAUGUUUGCUCUGGGAGAGUGGAGGUUUUUCAUGGAGCGUCUUGGUUCACAGUGUGUGAUGCUGACUUUGACCAGCAGGAUGCAGAGGUUGUGUGUCGAGAGCUGGGCUGUGGUUCUCCUGUGGAGGUUCUGGGAGCAGCUGCUUUUGGUAAAGGGAAGGGUCAGGUGUGGUCAGAGGAGCUUCAGUGUAGAGGAGAUGAAUCUGAGAUUACUCUCUGUCCAAUAACCUCUUCACACAAAUACAACUGCUCUCAUGGUAAUGAUGUGGGACUUGUAUGUUCUGGUCAUACUCAGGCUCGGCUGAUGAACGGCUCAGACUCUUGUUCUGGUCGAGUGGAGCUCCAGUACCUCAGUGAGUGGGGUACAGUGUGUGAUGUAAGCUGGAAUAUGAGAGCUUCCAGUGUCCUCUGUGCUCAGCUGAAGUGUGGGAGUUCUGUGGCUGUGUUGGGGUCAGACUGGUUUGGGGAGGGGAGUGGCCGGAUCUGGGCGGAUGUGUUUGAUUGUCAGGGGAACGAAACACACCUGUUAAAGUGUCCCAUUUCAUCAUGGAGUCGAACUGCAUGCUCUCAUGAACAGGAUGUUGGACUCAUCUGCAGUGGUUCUUCUCUGGCGUCUCAUGAGGGUGUAGUGAGAUUGACUGGAGGGAUGGAGUGUGAGGGGGAGGUGGAGGUGUUCUUCAGGCAGGACUGGAGGAGAGUUCUGCUGGACUCCUGGAGUGAGUCUGAGGCCUCUGUGGUCUGCAGACAGCUGGGCUGUGGUUCUGUACUCAACACCUCCAGCUCCUCUUCAUCCAGUCCUGAACACAGCUACAUGUGUGUGACGGGUUUCAACUGCUCUGGGAGUGAAGCUCAUCUGAGGAACUGCAGCAGCUCACAAGCAGUUAACUGCAGCUCCACGGAACAGCUCUACAUCACCUGCUCUGGUACAUCUAACACAGUCCACAGCUCCAUCAGGCUGGUUGGUUCUGGGGGAGACUGUGCAGGAAGGCUGGAGGUUUUCCACAGUGGAUCAUGGGGGACAGUGAGUGAUGAAUUGUGGGAUAUUGAGGAUGCGCAGGUGGUCUGCAGACAGCUGCAGUGUGGAGUCGCCCUCAGUGCUCCAGUACCAGUACCAGCCCGGUUUGAAUCUGGAACUGGACCCAUUUGGCUGAAUGAGGUGGAGUGUGAGGGGAACGAGGCGUCUCUGUGGAACUGCAGAUAUCAGCUGUGUGGAGAGGAUGAAUGUGGACACAAGGAUGAUGUAGGAGUCGUCUGCUCAGAGAAUGGAAAUACACUAGAUUUGACAAAUUGGCUGUGUGAUUCAUCUCCUCAUGAGAGACCGUGCUCAAAGCACAUUCCUCUGAGGCUGAGGGGAGGAGUAGGAAGCUGUUCUGGAUGGCUGCAGGUGUAUCAUAAUAAAACAUGGGGGUCUGUAUGUGGUGACCUCUGGGACAUCAGGGAUGCUCAGGUGAUCUGCAGGCAGCUGGGUUGUGGGCCGGCGCUGAGUGCUAAUAGAAGAGCUGCUGAUGGUUCUGGUGGAGGAACUAUCUGGAUGAACAGAGUGAAGUGUAGAGGGAAUGAGAUUCACCUGUGGGACUGUCCUCAUUCCCUGAAGAACCACACUGACUGCUCCCACAGUGCUGGAGUCACUUGUGGAGGCUUCCUGUAUCAUACUUUGCCUUUAAAUAAUAAAAGAGGACAGAUGGGACAUUUUGCUUUGCAAGAUUCUCAACCACAGACAAGAAGAAUCAUACUUCCACAAACUCCUCCACCAGCUGUUCCCUCCAUCUAUCCAGUGUCUCUCCUGGUUCUGGGAUAUGUGCUCUUCCUGGCCUUAGUGCUUCUGGUUGUGCUGUUUUAUCAGAACAGAGUGCUCAGGAGAGUGAUCUCUAAGAGGAGGAAGACUUCAGCUGAGCCUGCCUAUGAGGAGAUUGACACCAGGCUCAUCCCUAAAAGAAUUACUGUCUCAACUGAAAGUAAGAGUAAAAUGUUUUUUUUUCUCUCAAAGCAGAAAUGUCUGGUCUUUACAGAAAUAAUGUAGCAGUUAAUCAAAUACUUGUCAGAUAACUCUCUUUUCAUAUUGUUAUAUUUUAGUGUUUAAAUAUUUAGUGUUUUUUUUGUAGAUUUUCUUCCUUUGUUAAUAAAUUACACCAAUUUAUCUAUCUUUUCUUCCCACUGAAUAAUGUUCUGAAUAAUGUAUCUUCUCAUUCAAUAAAAUGUAUUUAUAAAAGCUAUUGGAUAAAAAAACUUUUAACAAUAAUUUUAGUUUUCUUUGCUUUUUAUUGUUCUAUGUAUUGCUCUUUUAUUGCAACUUUAAUAUUCACUAUCAUAGGGCACUACCAGUAUUUUCAGUUUCCAGUAGAGGGCAAUGUUAGACUUUUAGACCCUGUGGAUGUUUAGUUUCUGUAACAGUAAUGCAAGAUGAUUGACAGGGAUUAUUUUAUUGUUUGUGCAUGGAGUUUCUGUAGGUUCACAUGUGCUGUAGGUACCAAAUGUGUAGCACCUCAAACUAUCAAAAUAUGUUACUGUGCCUGUUUACUUUUUUGAGACCAGAAAGUUAUUUCUGUGGCGAGAGGUCAUGAGAUCUUGGGGAAAAGGGAAAAGAAAGAAGAAAAAAAGGAAGAAAUAGGGAGACACUUAAAUCAGGCCCUCAAACCCACAUACAUUUUUGUAACAAAUAAAUAGAAAACACAGACACAAGCAAUAACAAUGAAAAAAAAAACACUUAUUUAGAAAGCAAUUUACAAAGCUUUGAUCUGCUCUCCCUCUCCUCUCCUCCUCUUUACAUCCUGGACGCCUCCUUCUGCUGAUCUUCCUCUUUCGGGUGGGGAUGGAGACGGUGGAGUGGCAAGUGCUGCUGCUUGAGCUCCAGGACACUGAAGAUGCUGGGUCUUCGGGGACUGGGCCUGAAUUUACAGAAGAGAAAGAUCUGUAGAUUUACUUUCACAUAGUUACUGUAGUCCUGUAAUAGUUUAUCCAAAUAAGAAGAUCUACAGUUCUCCAUAGUUCAUACAUUUGUCUCAUUAACAUACACUGCUUUUAGCUUGUAUGGGAUCCUGGGCAAACCCCUGAUUCAGCACUUCUCUCAUACCAUUUUAUACACUGCCUGUAUUUGUAAUUAAUGUACUAAACUAGAAAUGUCAAAAAAGUAACCAAAUAAAUAACUUUACUGCAGGAUA